AGGCCUAUUCUGUACCUUGUCUGUGGGAAAGCGUGUAACGGAGAUAGUCGAUAUAAGUUGACCCGUGUCUCCGCGGUCGAGCGCGCUCGUUCUGCUCGAAACGUUCGAGCACGAAACGUUACGUUAUCCUUUAUCGUAAAUUGAGUUACGUCUCGUUGUGUCUGUUGUACGGUUCGCUCGUGUGUCGUGUAGUCGUCCCCCAGUGUGUGCAUGUGUGUGUCAAUGAUUCGUUAUUAACGGUGCAGUUAGGCCUGAUACAUACAGAAGAUAAAUUAUGAUGGUCUGAUCGCGGUUCCAACAUGACUGUGGAUUUCGCCGACUACUUUUGGGGCGAAAAGAAUAAUGGAUUUGACGUGUUAUAUCAUAACAUGAAGCAUGGUGCAUUUGCAAGCAAGGAGUUGGCUGAGUUCCUAAAAGAACGAUCGACCAUAGAAGAAAAUAAUUAUAAGGUUCUGAGUAAGCUAGCUAAACAAGCUGGCAGUAGCAGUAGUACGCAAGGAACAUUUGCACCUGUUUGGGCUGCCUUAAGAGGAGCAGCAGAGAAACUUGCUGGUUUACACUUGCAAAUGGCCCAAAGGGUCACUGAAUUAAUAAAAGAUGUAUCAAAAUAUACAGAUGAAUUACAUAAAAAACACAAGGCUGUAAAAGAAGAAGAAUCAUCCACUUUGGAAGUUGUGCAAAGUAUACAGAGUAUUACUGUGACUUUACAUAAGGCAAAAGAUAUGCGUAUGCAAAAAGGUUUGGAAUUAGAAAAAUUACGGAAAGAUAAUGCCAGUCAAAAAGAAUUAGAAAAAGCAGAAAUUAAGUUUAAAAAAGCCCAGGAUGAUUAUAAAACUUUGGUUGAUAAGUAUAUGAUCAUAAGGAAUGAUUUUCAAACCAAAAUGACUCAGGCAUGCAGGCGGUUCCAAGAUGUAGAGGAAACACACUUAAAACAUAUGAAGGAAUUUUUAAAUAUUUAUGCUGAUGUUUUGCAAUCAAAUCAUGAACAAGUUGGUCAAGUUCAUAUUGAUUUUAAACGGCAGUGUUUGGAUAUGACAGUGGACAAAUUACUAGAGCAAUUUGUACAAAGCAAAUAUACAGGUUUUGAAAAACCAGGUACAUUCGAAUAUGAAGAAAUCAUGACAGGUUUAGGAGAAAUGACCGGUCACUCCCAAUUGGAAAGCAAUGUUGAGACACCUAAGGAAACAUCAAAAGGAGCUAAUGGAGAAACAGGCGUAGCUGGUAACACUCACAGUUCAAAAAACGAUCGGGGAUUAAAAGGGGUGGGUUGUCAGGUGGAUGAGGAAAAGGGGAAGGUACAAGAAAAAACAAAUGAAAAUCUGAAUGAAAGGGACAGAGAAUUGUCACAUGCACAAGCCACCAAGGCUUCCCGCCGUACUACCUCGCUACUCAACCUGUUCAUGUCCAACUCCCAGGACAAACAGAAGCAAGCAGGGUCUGGUUCAGCACCUGCAACUCCUCAGGGGAACAACCUGCCUCCUGCUGUUCCACCUCCCAGCAUCUCCAGGAACCCUCUCAGAGGAUCUAAAUUGGUAACGCGUAUUAUGGUUCCUCCACUCUGCACUCUUUUAGAUCAGCAAUGGUUUCUUCGCAGCAGAAGAGAAAAAAGAAAGGAAAAAAAGGCAAAAAAGAAGAAGGAUAUUGUGGAAACAAGCAGCAACAAAGAAGAAAAGUCUGACCUGGAGGAUAAGGAUGACAGUAGAAAGUCUGAAACACCGACACCGGAAGUAGAUGAGGAUGGUUUCUGCAUUAGACCGAAAGCAGAGCCGUGGGAAAAUGAGAAGGGAUUUUAUUCUAGCUCAGAUACCGAUUCGGAGGACGAGAGGGAACGAAAGAUCCGAGUGGAAAUAAAACCACUUAGCAAUGGCGGGGCACCGAUGAGCGCCAGUGUGGACGAGCUCAGGGCGACUGUGGAGAAUCUAUCGUUAUCGCCUGCACCGACGGGACGCAGAGGAUCGAAUAACUCAGAUCAUCAUAUGAAAAGGUCUCAGUCAGUGUCACAGCAAUUAGGAGGUAAGCCAAGCUCGGAUUUACUUGGCCUAAACUUGUUCAAUCCUAGCAGUACACCAUCGAGCGCCUCAACGCCGACUGGUAGUCAUCCGUACGCGCCAUUGCAAAGUCCUCCGCCGUUGUCUUUGUCACCGACGCCUCAACCACAGCCGCCACAAUCCGCACCACCUACACAUCCUCACCCACGAUUCCCUGAUGGAGACUUGUUCUCGGAAGUAGGAGAUAUCACUCCGGCCUUACCUCCCAAGCAAUCCGCAUCUUCUACUCCGACAGGAUCUAUCAUCAUUCCUAGACCACCGUCCCGAAGAGGAGAAGGCCCUUCACCAAGGGGUAGAAUGUCACCGGCAACUAUAUCCAGAGCCGACAGCGUGGCUAGUUUGGAGUUUCGUACAGCUGGUGUUGGAGUUGGGUCUUCCAGAGGACCGUCUCCGCUCACGAUAGGACUCGCCGACACUAUUCCUUUAGCAGUUGCUUUCCAUGAAAUAGUACACUCUUAUUUCAGAGGUACUGAUGAAACGCGGUGUCAAGUGAAACUGAGCGGGGAUAUGAUGCUAUCAUUCCCUGCCGGUAUCGUCGCCGUGUUAGCUAAUAAUCCAAACCCCGCGAAGCUUACGUUCCGCGUGCGAAACAGUAACAGAUUGGAAAAAUUGUUCCCUAAUAAUCAGCUCGUCAGCAUGGAUGCAACGCAGACAACUGUUGACUGUACAAUUUUUGAAUUCAAUAUGAGUGCCUUAACUACGUUGUUACGCAAACAGGCUGAACAAAAUCCCUCAGCUUCGUAUUUUAAUGUCGAUAUACUCAAGUAUCAAAUCAAAUGCAAGGAGGGUGCGGGUUCGUGCCCUUUCCAGCUGGUUGCCUAUUGGAAAUGCGAAACGGCUCAUACCGACCUUAAGAUUGAUUAUAAAUAUAAUAGUCGUGCUAUGGCUUCACCGAGUCCACUGUUGAACCUCCAUGUGGCCGCCCCCAUAGACGGAGGAUUUAAGUCAUUCAAUAGUAAACCUCAGGCACAAUGGUUACCAGAAACGAAUCGGAUACUGUGGAAAUUUACAGAACUAUCACAGCACAGCGAAGGUAACGGCGUAGGUUCACUGAAAGCCCGAGUGGAACUAGCGCAUGGGCCAGGAAACCAAGGAACCAUAUUCACACAGUUUAAUUGCGAAGGGACCACAUUAUCUGGAGUUGAGUUUGAGCUUUUAGGCCCGGGAUAUAGAUUAAGUUUAGUAAAGCGUAGAUUCGUAUCUGGAAAAUAUAUUUGUGAUGGAGAUUCCGACUCACGAAGUAGAUACGCUGCUCCUCCAUCAAAUAUGGAUUGACGACUUCCAGAAUGGGCGCCUCAAUGGGAGAGUCUGCCCAUUUAAUAUUGGUACUUGCUUGUUCAUUCACUGCCCAUACCACAACUAAUGUCCGUUCAAAUUCGAAAUCGGCGUGGGGAAGCCUGUUGGAUACCAAAGAACGUGUGCGAUACAAUAAUAAGAUUACGUAGUAGAUGAAUAAUUUGUACAGAUGACGUGGCGCUACGUGAUUUUUUCGUGUAGCAGAAUGUAAAGUUUAUUCAUGUUACGAAUUAAAAAAGAAAAAAAAAGAUGGAUUUUGGGUACGAGAAAGUGACAAAUGGAGGUAUUGUAUGAAUUCGUACCUUCAUAAAUUAGGAUGAGUGUAGUAUGGUAUAUGAUGCUAGAUGAAGAAAAUACUUGGACAGAAAUGUAACGAAAAACAUAGUUGGACUUCGUAAGUCACUUGCUACCUGAUGAAUAGCGUUCUAUGUGUUUUAUAACUUGUAUAUUUUUCAAUUUUUCUAUAUAUUCUCGAUUAGAUUGUACUAUUUUAGUAAAGUUUAUACGUGACGCGUAAACAAGAUGUAACUACGACUACGAGGAUGACGACGAUAAUGAAAGCAGAAUACGUUUAGAACGUUGAGGAGUAAGUAAUUUUCUCGCAUAAAGCCUUUGGUGUCCAGCAUAUUUUUCACCACGAUAUUCUCGCCAUAUUAUUGUGUCUAUAUAAUAAUCAAAAUACGUUAUAAAUUUUUUUUACGUAACAGCACGAAAAAAAGCUCUAGGAAAGAUCAUCAAACAGUACAAUGUUCUUAAACUAUUGUUACAUUUUACGUUAAUUUUAAUAUAAUUAUUAUUAUAUAUAACUAUCAUAUUGCGCGUUAAAAAUUUUUAAAAGAAAUGUAAAGGUUCUGUAAGGCCAAUAUUAACUUCGUGUCUGUACAUUAAUAUUUCUAUUUUACACGGAGGGUCGAUAUUUACUUUUUAAAAUCUUUCAAUGCAGUCCUACCGUGUACAUUUUCAAAUCUGUUUUUUUUUGAUAUUCGUGAAAUUUUUGAAAGUAUAUUGGUUGCAUAUACAUACAUGAAGAAAGUCUAAAACGUAAUGAUUCCUAAAAUGAAAUCAUAUUUUCCGUUUUGCAACUCAUUGAACUUUAUAUAUAUAUAUAUAUAUAUAUAUAUAAAUUCCAACAUAGUUUUGCUUUAUUUAUGAACAAAGAAAAUAGCGAGGAUGUUAAGAACAAAUUGUUCGAUAGAUUAGUGAUAGUUCGUAUAUAUAUAUAUUAAGUGAAAUUCGACGAGUAAUGAAAAAAAAAAAAAUGCUUUAUUAAAACGUUUAACUAAGUAUACAAUUUUAACAUUGUAACGAACAAGUUAGCUGCGUGACUCGUGAUUAGUUUUUCAGAUUUCAUAAAUUUUUCGAAAAAUUGUAAAAGUAAUUUCGUAGUAAUUUCAUAGUGAUCAUUUCGUUUUUUCCAUUAUCGUAAAAGUAACCCAAUACUUUUCCUAUAACAUUAAAGAAAUUUUUCCAUAUUUAUCAUUUUAGAGCAGGAGCUAACUAAAGAUGUUAACGUCUUCUUAACACUUUGACGAAAAUCGACUAUAUUCUAUCUGUUUCUUUUUCUUCUCAUUAUUUCUUUUUCAGUAUUUUUUUUUGCUACGCUUUGCAAUAUAUUCACAAAGUGAAUCAACCGUUUUGAGAGACAAGCCAUUUCGUUUAGUCGUUACAUGUGCAUACAUACCCUUGUAUGUAUAUGUGUACAUAAAAACGAAGUAAUAAUUUUAAGAAUAAGUCUGAAAAAAUCGAACUCGAAUAUUAUUAUAUAGUCCAGCACACACGAAUCUUCCCUUUGUGCAAAUUUAGAUGAUCGGCAACAAGUUAAUUUAGUUAUUAACGAAUUAAAUAAAUGCCGUGCAUCUUCGUGCAUAGUUCACAUAAUAUGUCUUUCUUUUUUCUUUCUUUUUCAUCUGUUUUAAAAGUCAUAACAUUUUCUUUUCUUUUCUUUAAGUUUAAUGCAGAAGAAUUUUCUUGUUUCUUUUCUUUUUUUAAUAUAUUUAGUUUGAGCUUAUCAAAUAUAUUCAAUAUAUUCAAAGAUCUAAAUUGUUUAAUUUUGAUCUAUACACGAGUUGCAAUGGCACUUGUUGCAGGGUAUUCGUUACCUGGUUCUAAAAAGUGCAUUAUGCUUUAAGCUAUGAGAUGAUUCAUAGGAGAAGUGCGAAUUGCUGUGUUUGAUUACCGAAUAACAAGCACGAUAAACUUUUUUAUAGCAAUUAUUCAUUUAAGGGAUAUAUUAUAAGAUGAUUUUUACAUUUUAAGGAAAUUAUUCAACGUUCAGCCGCGAUGCUCUACUUCUAUUUUACGAAUUUACAUUUCAUUUUAUUAUUAUUACUAUUGUUAUUAUUAUUAUUAUAUACUCAUGUGAAGAAAAGUAAAGGUCUACGAAGAGCAAUGCCAUCUAAGUAAUGCGAUAAAAUUGGCGACCACUCCAUUUGAUAUUGUUUGUUUAUUUAAUACUUGACAAAUACGUUAAUAUAUUUUUUUAAUUACAUUCUCUACAUUGAUUGACCCUGCUCUUAAUGCGUUUGAUCGGCAAGAGUGACAUUAGUUAAUGUAUUUCAACGACUUGAAACGAGAAAAUCCAUCUUUCGUACAUGGUUGCGCGUGAUAGUGUUUAAAAAAAAUGAAAAAAAGAGAAAAAAAGGAGAUGAGAACGAAAGAGAAAAGGAAAGAGGGUACGACUAUUAUGGAGUGGUUCCUACGAAAAAUCGACUGAGCUCUUCUGUGAUACGAAGAUGUCACUAUAAUUUCGUAAUAAAUGUUUGUAACGAAACAUAAGUAAUGUUAAUACGAUCGCGUUCACUUUCUUCCAGACUGAAUUCCCGAACAAAGAAUUGAUGGUGUUUAAAAGAACGUGAUUCAACCAUGUUGGUCUCUUUUAAUCACCUUUCGAUGUCAUUGCGGUCGGGCGUAAAUUUUUUUGAUUCCUAUGCGUACGAUUAACGCAGAAAUAAAACGUAUGAUUACAUUUUAUGCGAUUCGCUUUUUACGUAUUAUUGUAAUAAUGACAACAAAUACAAUUUCAUCACAUCCUGAUGAAAAAAAAAGAAAUCACAAUACACACACAUACACACACAUGCCCAUUUUUUAUCGGAAUUGACGCGAUAUAUAAUAAAAUAAAGGUAAUCGUGUGUACAAGAUUUAAAGUCAUGUGUGAGAGAAAGGGUGUAUGAAAAAGGAAUGAAAGAGAAAGAGAGAGAGAAAAAAAUUGCAAUGCAAUUGCAUAUACAUAAUAAACCCUUAUACAUAGUAUAAAUACGAACAAGAAGAAUAAAUUAAUACAAUAUACAUGUUACAUGAUACAUAGAAUGGUUAUGUAAGCCUGUUGACAUGUAAUGUCUAUGUUCUAAUAAAGAUUAGGAUAUUUUAUAUAUAAAUAAACUAUCAGUUGCC